AUGGCUAGGAGAUACGACUCCGAGUGGGAGGAAGUGAAGCUUAUCAAUGGCUACGCCAUGCUUAUGGCGUACGUGUCAUUCGCCUGCAGAGGCAUAGGCUACCUGGUGUUCACAUGGACCACGGUGGUUCUUCUCGGCGGAUUCGUCUCCAACAUCGACAAGGACGAUUUCUGGCGUCUCACGUUGAUUACCCUUGUGCAGAUUCUCUGCAUCAGUGUUUCAUUUGGUGAAAGGAUGAAUUCUGCUAUUGAUCUGUUCUUGAGCUUGAGGGCGGUGAAAUUUUUAUUGACGCCCAACUGGCAGCUGGCUGAUAAUUCACACGGUAAUAACCAGGUACUGGUUAAGAGAGUUAUUGCAACGGUAUGUGAGAUGGUAGGAAGGGUGGUAGUGCUGGCUCAUGGUGUGGCAUUGUACUUUUGCCUUAACUUUUUGCCGUUGCUCAUGUUCUUUGGGUUGUUCAUCGCCGUUUGGAUCUCGAUACGCGGUCUCAUGGAACACAGCCAUUACGGUGACAACCCUGCAGAGAGAAAAAACAUGGAUCCAGCACAUACUAUCUUGUACGCCAUGUGUGUGGUCGAAGGUGCAUUCUUCCUUUAUAGAAACAUCUUGCUGCUUUCGAUGAGGAGGGUAGUGAAACAAGUGAGCCAAGCUUACGGCUUCCAAGAUGGUGAUUCUGCAGUUUCAGGCUACUUCUUCGAAAUCAGUACGGGAUGCUCGAAGAACCCAUCCUCCGUGAGAGGGAGGAACCUCGUCACGUAUGCUGUAGAACUCCUGGAGUCCAGCUCGCCCCUCAGUGGCAACUGCCUUUCCGGGAUAUUGAUACUGGACAGACUACUCACCCGGCAGCAUUCUGACAAGAUUAAAUCCCCUAAUUUGAUCAAACAAGAAAACGGAAAUCAGCGACAUAAGCUAUCAGAUUUAGAGGGAAAUAUUGGACCUUCGUUGGUUAAAAUGGAGAAGAAAGAGGAGAAUAAGCAGGAGAGGAGGCAGAAGAAGAGGCGGGAGAGGAAGUGGUGGCAGCUGCAUCAUCCUCGAACAGAAAAGGAGAUCAUUGUGCAACAGCGCAGGGUGAUCAAGCAGCUGAUCGAAUGUGCAUCUUCUGCUCACAUUCUGCAGAAACUGCUUCAUGCACUAGAUUCAAGCCACUCAUAUGACCAAAAGAUGAGGGAGGCCGCUGCUAGGAUAGUGGAGCACGUCGCCAGUGGGAUUCGUCUGGAGCAGUUCCCCUAUGGGAUCCAGUGCAUAUCUUCACUCAUCAACACCAUCGAAGAAUACCAACGGCUCCUACCACACCAAUCAUCAUCAAAGAGACAUGAAGCAAGUAUCGCAACCCAGCCACUAUCGUUGAUAACAAACAAUGGUCAAUAUCAGGAACAAGGCAGGUGUGGCAGCAGUAGCGACACUUGUUUAUCGUCAUCAGAGUCAGAGUCGGAGUCAGAGCCAGAAUCAGAAUUACCCUGGGAGAGCGACUUGGAUACCUUUGUAUGGUUAUUUUCCAAGACUAAGAAGAGGAACGAUAACACCGAUCCAUUCCAUGGCUACAAAGAUCUGCUGCUAACUGGCCUACGUAUCCUUUGGGGUCUCGCAGACAGUGAGGACAACUGCAGAAUCAUAAGCAACACCGAACAUCUUGUCUGCAAGAUUAUGGCGCCUGUUAGCUACGACCUAGUGCACCGCACCAGCCAUCAUAGUGCGUGGUCCACUAGCGUAGUCGAGGUAUCACUGAGGGUGAUGCUCCGGCUCGUGGCUAUGGAGGGAGAGACUGGGGCCAAGCUGUGCCAGCAGAUCUCGAGCAACAAGAAAGCUAUGACCACAAUUGAAAGAAUCAUCAAGUGUGAAGAGUGUAAAGGCAGAGAGCUGCAGAUGGAUGCCAUUCAGAUCCUGACGCAACUAUGCAAGGAGGAAACUGAAAGCAGAGAAGACUUCAUUAGGAUGCUGGUAAGCAUCUUCGUUAAUGGUGAUAGUAACUACAGGUCCAUCAAAGAGAGUGCAGGUAAAGCACUGGCGCUGUUUCUUGGCAGCAAAAAUGUUGCCGCCAUCUUCCCAAAGGCGAAUAAUGAUGUCUCCAAGUUUGUUGGUGCUCUCAUUAAAAUAGUUUCAGAUCAGGAUGAGUUUGAUACAUGCAGAAAAAGUGCAGCAGAAAUUCUGGAGCAUUUAUGUAUUCAUUACACCGGGCAUGACGAAUAUCUCGGUACACUCAAGAGUGCCAUGACCGGCGUGAUGCCAAAGGUAUUGAGAGAAAUACUACUUGGUUUUGGAUCGACAGGAGAAGAUGGAAAGCCUGGGUAUGUCAGAGCAGGUACCGGCAUCGCAAACUUAAAUGAGCUCGAUAUCAGAAAUGGUGUUAUAGAAGUCACUGCCAGUAACAACAACGAGAAUAACACUUUCUCCUCUCGGCAAAACCAACAUCACAAGUUACAUCUUGUCCUGAUGUCCCUCUGUGUGACGGCAUGUGAGAAAUUACAAAUUGAUAUCAAUGCAAUUUCGCCGGGAGAAAGAGACCAAGGAGAUCAAGGAGAAGGUGCCGCAUUCAGGUUUGCGAUGAAGUUGGUGCAGUUAAACAGGGGUCACAUGACCGCCGACAGCCUGACACUGAUGAAGCUUACCACUAGGCUGGUCAUAGCAGCAAUGAAGAAACACAUGGUGGACGGUCGCAGCACCAUCGUCAAACAAGAUGAAAUGCAUAGCCUCAUGGCAUUGCUCUCUCGUGUUUCGAAGCCCAUGCUGGAUCUCGAGAGCUGCAUGGUUUUCACAGCUGGGACGAGGACAAAAACAAUUCCUGACACCGCUGAGACCCUCGAUUCGAUCAUUAAACUGGCAUCCGAACUACACGGCGAAAUUAGGGACCAAGACUCUGAAAUAGUGCCAGCUAGCUCUACCUAG